UUCUUCCCUCUCUUUUCGGCCUGUUACUAGACAGUCACAUACGUUUGCUUACUACACAUGUGAAUAGAUAGUGAAUAACUGACACUCUUUCCCAUUCAUCUGUCGGCGCUUCUCUCUCUCUCUCCCGUGACACCUCCCUCCAAUUUUAUCAUAUAAAAACUACCCCAACACUCUUCACAAACCACCACCACCACGAUGAACCCCAUUUCUCUUCUUUUAAUCACUCUGCUUUCUCAAUUCCCAUUCUUGAUUCAAUCAAGCUACCAUGAAUACCGAGAAGCAUUAUCUAAAUCCAUUCUGUUCUUUGAAGGCCAAAGGUCUGGUUACUUACCACAAGACCAGCGCAUUACUUGGCGAGCUAAUUCAGGCCUCAGUGACGGCUGGCCUUAUAAUACUGACUUAACCGGUGGCUACUAUGAUGCUGGUGAUAAUGUCAAGUUCGGGUUCCCAAUGGCAUUUACUACUACAAUGUUAUCUUGGAGUGUCAUUGAGUUUGGUGGGCUAAUGCCCCCAAAUGAAUUGAGAAACACUUUGGUUGCUAUUCGUUGGUCCACUGAUUAUUUGCUCAAGACUGUUUCUCAGCCUAACCGGAUUUUUGUUCAGGUAGGGGAUCCAAAUGGAGACCACAAUUGUUGGGAGAGACCAGAAGAUAUGGAUACUCCUAGGACAGUCUAUGCAGUGGAUGCACCUAAUCCAGCAUCCGAUGUUGCCGGUGAGACUGCAGCAGCUUUGGCAGCUUCAUCCAUGGCGUUUCGAUCAUCGGACCCAGGAUAUGCUGACACCUUGUUAAGAAAUGCCAUUAAAGCCUUUCAAUAUGCUGACAAUUAUAGAGGAGCUUAUAGUGACAACUCUAACAUCAGAGAUGGUGCCUGCCCAUUUUAUUGUGAUUUUGACGGAUAUCAAGAUGAAUUGCUAUGGGGUGCAGCUUGGCUUAGGAGGGCAUCUUAUGAUGAUACUUACCUUAGUUAUAUACAAAACAAUGGCAAAACCCUUGGUGCUGAUGACAAUAUUAACGAAUUUGGCUGGGACAACAAGCAUGCUGGCCUCAAUGUUCUCGUCUCUAAGGAGGUCCUAGAGGGAAAUAUGUACUCCCUGGAAUCGUACAAGGCAUCAGCAGAUAGCUUCAUGUGCACUCUUGUCCCUGAAUCAUCCUCCUCCCACAUAGAGUACACCCCUGGUGGCCUCAUUUACAAGCCCGGAGGCAGCAACUUGCAACACGCAACAACAAUCUCGUUUCUGCUACUUGUUUAUGCAAAUUACUUAGAACGAACAUCUCAAUCGGUCAACUGCGGCAACAUAAAUGUCAGUCCAUAUUCCCUUCGCCAACGGGCUAAGAAGCAAGUUGAUUACAUAUUAGGGGAUAAUCCUUUGGGACUAUCUUACAUGGUUGGAUAUAGUAACAAUUACCCACAACGUAUUCAUCACCGGGGCUCUUCGCUGCCGUCCAUUAAGGAUCACCCUCAAUUUAUAGCCUGCAAAGAAGGCUCCAUUUACUUCAAUUCUACAAAUCCUAACCCUAAUGUGCUUGUUGGGGCACUUGUGGGUGGACCCAGUGAAGAUGACUCGUACGGGGAUGAUCGAGCUGAUUAUAAGAAGUCCGAGCCAACCACGUACAUUAAUGCACCAUUUGUGGGUGUGCUCGCUUAUUUUGCUGCUAACCCUAAUUUCAGCUGAAAACAUGGCAUUAAUUGCAUAGGUCAUUUGUCUUUUUUUUCUUUUAUUGUACAUGGCAGUUCAAAGUAGGAAAAAGAAUGUCUCUCAUCUUGGCAAAAGUGAAGAGGGUAGAGGCUUGUUAUAGGUGCUGAAUUUGAGGAAUUGGAUCACAAAAUCUCAUUGUUAAUUUCUGAAAAAAGGAAAUGAGAUCCCCAUGUGUAUCUUCAAAUUUGAUUAAAGGAAAUAUGAAAAUUUCCAUUUUCUUUUCAGAA